AUAAACAUUAGAAAUGCUGAGAAAGUUAGCACAGUAAAUAAAGCAUUUGCUGAAGUCCAGAAAGAAGUACAGCAGCUAUCAAAAGGCACUGCAACUGAACCUCAGAAGAGUCAUCAGGUUUCCACGCAUCUGGAAGAGGAACCAGCAAACGUGGAUGCUGCCACAAGCCUAUUAUCUCAGUUGUAA